GUGUUCUGAGCCGCGCCGUGGAUACAUAAUUUCGGGCUCCUUAUGUUCUUCUUCAAGCUUCCACUCCAUUCGUCAAUGUCUUGUUUCGCACUCGCAAAAUGCUCCGUUAUAGCCCCGUCUCUUUCUCUGCUACAUCAAACUCGCAGAAGUAGAAGACCAUUCUGUCUCAAAAUGUCGGCAGAGUCACCGCCGCCCCUCACUCACUCCCUCGUUUUGCCCAGUCAACCCAGCCAACCCGUCCAGGUCGUCGCUGCCCCUGGCGUCUCCAAUUCCGAUUUCAGGAGUGCGAUUGAUUCAUCACUGUUUAAGCAGUGGCUAAAGAACUUGCAAUCUGAAACUGGGAUUUUAGCUAGCGGCGCUUUUUUAUUAAAGCGAGUACUUGUUCAGGGAGUGGAUAUGUUUGGACAACGCAUUGGCUUUCUAAAAUUCAAAGCAGAUAUUUUUUGUCAGCAAACAGGGAAUAAGGUUCCAGGUAUAGUAUUUGCAAGAGGACCAGCUGUAGCUGUGCUAAUUCUUUUGGACUCUGAUGGUGAAACUUAUGCUGUUCUUACAGAACAGGUUAGGGUCCCCACUGGGAGGCUUGUUUUGGAACUACCUGCUGGGAUGCUGGAUGAUGACAAGGGUGAUUUUGUUGGCACUGCAGUUCGUGAGGUUGAAGAGGAGGCUGGUAUUCAUUUGAAUCUAGAAGACAUGGUUGACCUCACAGCUUUGCUGGAUCCAUCCACUGGAUGCAGAGUUAUUCCUUCUCCGGGAGGAUGUGACGAAGAAAUUAGUGUGUUCCUUUACAGAGGGUAUGUUGAUAAAGAAGUUAUCACACAGCUACAAGGCAAAGAGACGGGCCUUCGUGAUCAUGGUGAGCUGAUUAAGGUUCGUGUGGUUCCCUAUGCUAAACUUUGGCGCAUGACAGCCGAUGCUAAGGUUUUAAUGGCCAUUGCACUUUAUGAGAUGGCAAAGAAGGAAGGACUAUUGCCUUCCAAAAUCCUAUCUCCUAACUCCUCUAUCUACUAGACAAGUUUCAUUUUCUGGUUAUUCAGUUUUAUGUUCAUGGAUUUUGUUGGUCCAAGUCUCUAAGCGACCAUUUUUGCGUUGACUAGUAAACUAUAACAAUUUUUCUUAUGAGUGCUAGCGUCGGUCAUUGGUGACAUGAUUGAUGUACUUAGACCAUUGAUUAAGGCUAUGAUAGUAAAUAUGGUCUAUGAUUAAGGCUGUAAUUUUUAUCCAAAAA